AUGAAGGUCCUCGCCGGUCUCCCCUUUCUGGUCGCCCUUGCGCGAGCCGUCUCUCUUGAUCUUGAGAAGCGCGCCUCUCCAUUGGAUAUCAAACUGGAGAUGAUAGGCAACUCCGCGGUCAAAGCUACUGUAACUAAUACCGGCUCUACCAACUUGAAAAUCUUUAAGACUGGCUCGUUUUUGGACGAGGCGGCUGUUGAGAAAGUUGAUGUUUUCUCUGGAGCCGAGAAGGUCGAAUUCGACGGUCUGCGCUUGACUGUGUCCACUGCUGGCCUGACAGAGGAUGCUUUCCAAACGAUCGCUGCUGGUGAAAUAGUCGAGGUCGAAUGGGACAUCGCCGCUGUUCAUGAUCUCAGCGCUGGAGGUGCCUUUGAUGUCGUGGCUAAGGGUGCUGUUUCCUAUGCUGAGGAGGACUCCACCGAGAUCGCAGGUGUAGUUCCCUUUAGCAGCAAUGUGUUGACCGCUGAGGUUGACGGUGCCGCUGCGGCAAAGAUUCGCCGCGAGUUUCACGAUCUAGCUAAGCGACAAAUCGUUCAGUCAGAUUGCACGGGUACCAAGCGCACCGCGACUAUCAAUGCCCUGAGCAACUGUCGAAGCUUGGCUGCUGCUGCGUCUCAAGCUGCCGCGUCCGGUGCCGCGGCCAAGAUGACGGAGUACUUUAAGAGCAGCACUACCACCACCAGGAACACUGUAGCAGCAGUCUUUGCACGAGUUGCCUCAGAAUGCGGAAGCUCCACUGCCGGUGUCUCUCGCCAAUAUUGCUCUGACGUCUACAGCAGCUGUAGCAGUGGCGUUCUGGCAUAUACCCUGCCUUCUCAAAGUUACAUGGUUAACUGCAACUUGUACUUCACCGCCUUGACAGCUCUUACCCGCACCUGUCAUGCGCAGGACCAAGCCACGACCACUCUCCACGAGACGACUCACUUGACUCAGAUUAAGGGAACCUCUGACUAUGGUGUCUAUGGCUACAAUGCCGUUCGCUCUCUCACCGCUGCCCAGAACCUUAACCAUGCUGAUACAUACAGUCUCUUUGCGAAUGCUAUCUACGCUGGCUGCUAA